AAAAUAAGCAAGCUAGGAAAAAAUUCCCCAUCUAGAUGAAUAAAGUGUGUAACCAAGAUCCUCUCAUUGGGAGACUGUAGUAGACUUGUAGAGGGCCUGCUUGCAGUGCAUUGGACAAGUCUCCACUAUUAACUAUAUAAUGCCAUUCAAGAGGUCGAUUGACCCUAUGAGCUAAGAAAUGGCCAAAGUUGAAAAGUUUGCUUUCCACGUCCCAAGUCUAGAAGAACUUGCUGGGGUUCUGCAGAAAGGGCUUAAAGAAAACUUUGCUGAUACUCAGGUCUCUGUAGUGGACUGCCCUGAUUUGACUCAAGAACCAUUCACCUUUCCUGUUAAAGGAAUCUGUGGGAAGCCUAGGAUAGCAGAUGUUGGAGGUGUCCCUUACCUUUUGCCUCUUGUACAAAAAGAUAAAGUGUAUGAUCUGAAUACUGUUGCAAAAGAAAUAGAGCUGCCUGGAGCUUUCAUUCUUGGAGCUGGAGCUGCUUCAUCUAGAAUUCUUGGAGUAAAUGCCGAGUUUAUCCCUAUUGCUCAUACUGAGACUGAACAAAAGCAUGCAGUAAAUACAAGUUACACUGCUCGAAUUAAUCCUACAGAUGGAGGAUGCUUGCUGGAGAAGUACAGAUACAGCAAUUUUGGAUUGUUGGCCAACCUGUUUGCCAGCCAGGGCCAACCAGGCAAGGUCAUUGAAGUGAAAGCUAAUGGAAGAACUGGGCAACAUAAUUUUAUCACCUGUCUGAGGCAAAUUUUAGAGGAACAUUAUGGCGAUAAGCCAGUUGGAAUGGGAGGUACAUUUGUUAUUCAAAAGGGAAAAGCAAAGAUGCAUAUCAUGCCCCCAGAAUUUUCUGCUUGUCCUUUGAACACUGAUGAGGAGGUAAAUAAUUGGCUCAAGUUUUUUGAAGUGAAGGCACCGUUGGUUUGUCAGCCUGUGAUAGUUUCCAGAGAUCCAGGGUUUGAUCUGCGACUGGAACACACCCAUGGUUUCAGUCAUCAUGGUGAAGGAGGACACUAUCAUAAUGAUACCACACCAGAUAGUGUAGAGUAUUUGGGAUAUUUUUUGCCUGCAGAACUUCUCUUUCGUAUUGACAGACCCAAAGAGACUCAUCUGGUUGGAAGAGACUAAAUCAGUGCACAUCUUGCCUUGUAGUUGUGGGAUAGCAAUUUUUUAAAAUGAAAUGCUGGAUUUAGUAAUACCUUUAAUCAAGCACACAAACAUAUUUGUCAUUUUAUUGCUGUUAGUUUCAUAUCAACUAUUAUUGGCCUUUUUAAAGAAGGGAUAUUUUCAACAUCUAAACAAUCUGAUUUUAGAUAUAACUAUUUCUAUCACAUGUUCAAACAUCAAGAGCCAAAUUAUUUUGUAUUAAUGAUUUGAUUUGUUCCAUUUUGAUUGCUUCGGGGCCCUACUACAUGUUCAAAUUAAAGCUGGAUAGAAACCAACUGUAGAGUUGUUACACAUUUUCAAGCACUUACUUUAUAGUUGAUUGGUUCUUUUUAUAGACACUUAGUCUUGUUUAUCAUGUAGCUCAUCUAAAUUGAUUGGUGGUUAACCAGUUAAUUGUGUGAAAAUUACUUUGCAUUUGGGGCUGGUCUUACCUGGUAUGUGUGGCUGGUAUAAAUUGAUUGCACAAUUGACCAGUUAAUUGCCAAUUUAUAUAAUACAUACCAGUGGCCUUAGUUAAGUACCACUAGAUGAUUGCUUCUGGCUAUAGAAAUGCAGAAGGUGAAUCAAUGAGACAGCUCCAGAGCAGGCAUGAAAGAAAAAGAGCUCCACACAAGACCCACGUUGUGAUAGAACAGUGCUGCAACCAAGGACUGUGUUGUUCAGAUUGAUACAGCAACAGAACAAGCCCUGUCCUGUGCCAUACCAACCAUGAUAUGUGCUGUAAGUGAUCCUGGGUGGCUCUUAUUCUUAUUAUCUGGUUAGCCACUUAUGUCAGCCACUGAUUAAAAUGAUUUAACUAAGAUGAA